UGGCGUGCCGCCAGUCGACCGCCGGUGCCGCUCCAGACCGGGUGCCGCUGUGACUUCUGCGCCGCACACCUGACCGGGACUGGAAGCCAUGGCCAUGGGACCCGUCUGGAGGCUGCUGCUGCUGGUGACCUGUGCUUACGCCCAGUGCCGGCGCUUCCCUGCCAUCAGAGAGUUCGACAUCAACUCGUACUUGGGUCGCUGGUACCUCCAGUACAAGUUCAGCAACGAAGUAUCCGUGCCGUUGUCUCAGUGCUGGAGCUGGUCGUACUACAAGGACAUCAACAGCAAGCUGAAGGUUCAAACCACUUACGUCAACAGCCUGACAAACCGGGUGACCAACCACCAGAGCCGCGUUUGGAUGAAGAACCCGACCGAACCGUCCCUGCUGCGGUACAAUCUCAACUACUUCCUCUACAACAGAAAUGAGGACUAUCAGGUGAUAGCCACAGACUAUGCUAACUUCACGGUGGAGUACCAGUGCAGCGGCACAAACGUGCUCAACAAACGAGAGACGGUGUGGCUGCUGACGCGGGAGCAGCACCCGCACCCAUUCACCCUGGAGCGGGCCUUUUCGGCGCUGUUACAGCUGGGCAUGGACCGCGUGGACCUGGACCGCGAGUACCAGGACUGCCGGCCGCAGAACAUAUUGAACCGCUUCGACGGUCCCACGUUCCUGGAGUGGCUGGUCGGCGGACGCACGUCCCGUUCCGACGGUCCCACGUUCCUGGAGUGGCUGGUCGGCAGACGCACGUCCCGUUCCGACGGUCCCACGUUCCUGCAAUGGCUCACUGGCGGCGCGUCCGACAGAAUCGAUCGGCAAAUGCGGGGCAAAUCCCUCUCGGGCUUCCUGGCCUGGAUGGGUCUUUGAGGGGUGUGAAUGAGUGCACGGUUCCUGUUAUUGCGCUCGGGCCCCGGGAUAAACGGCGCGUUCCGGCCCCACCCAGCUCUGUUUGUUGGCGAAGUGGUUCCCACAGCGCGUCGACGAACGGG